AGUACAAAGUUUCAUGGCUUUGACAAUUGACAAAUUGUCAAUAGUUUUUAAUAUUGCAAGUUGUAAUUGUGAAUUAACAAAAACAUUUAGUUAAAAUGACUUCGGUAUUGUGUCCAGAAAUUCCAGCUCCAGGUUUUUCAUUUGACAAUUGCAAAAGAAAUGCUCUUUUGGAAAGCAAAGGAUUUGCAGUGCCCAAAGCAACAAAAACUGGAACCACUAUUGUAGGAAUCGUCUACAAAGAUGGGGUUAUACUCGGAGCAGAUACAAGAGCAACGGAAGAUACCACCGUUGCAGACAAAAACUGUGAAAAAAUUCACUAUCUUGCUCCAAAUAUGUAUUGCUGUGGUGCUGGUACAGCAGCAGAUACCGAAAUGACUACUCAAAUGAUAGCAGCCCAACUUGAGCUUCACAGAUUAUAUACGAAUAGAGUCAGUAGAGUCUGUACAGCUAACCAGUUGUUGAAGCAGUACUUGUUCCGUUAUCAAGGAUAUAUUGGAGCAGCUCUCAUUCUUGGUGGUGUUGAUAUCGAAGGUCCUCAUCUAUACAUGAUUCAUCCCCAUGGAUCAAGUGUCGAUCUCCCAUAUGGUACUAUGGGUUCUGGUUCCUUAGCAGCCAUAGCAGUUUUCGAAUCACGUUGGAAACCUCAAAUGGAAGAAGAAGAAGGUGUACGGCUUGUUAGAGACGCAAUUGCUGCCGGUAUAUUCAAUGAUUUGGGAUCAGGUUCCAAUGUGGAUAUAUGUAUAAUAAGAAAAGGUUCUGUUGAUUACAAAAGAACAUAUGAUGAAGCUAACAAAAAAGGAGUUAAACAAGGUUCUUAUAAGUAUAAAAGGGGAACAACGUCUGUACUCACUACCAAAGUAUUGGAUAUUGAAGAUGUUUCUGUUACGCCUAUUGAACCUGAAAGGAUGGAUACUGCAUAAGGUUUAGGUUUAAAUUGAAAUGCGUUUUGUCUUAUUUUUGGUAUUUAAUAAAAAAUAUAUAUAAAAUAAAA